AUGUCAGCUGAAGUUCCAACUUUUAAAUUGGUUUUGGUCGGUGAUGGUGGUACCGGUAAGACCACUUUCGUGAAGAGACAUUUAACUGGUGAGUUCGAAAAGAAGUACAUCGCCACCAUCGGUGUCGAAGUCCACCCUCUAGCAUUCUACACAAACUUUGGUGAGAUCAAGUUUGAUGUGUGGGACACCGCCGGUCAAGAAAAGUUUGGUGGUUUGAGAGACGGUUACUACAUCAACGCUCAAUGUGGUAUCAUCAUGUUCGACGUUACAUCUCGUAUCACUUACAAGAACGUUCCUAACUGGCACAGAGACUUGGUUCGUGUUUGUGAAAACAUCCCAAUCGUUCUAUGUGGUAACAAGGUCGAUGUUAAAGAAAGAAAAGUGAAGGCUAAGACUAUUACUUUCCACAGAAAGAAGAACUUGCAAUAUUACGAUAUUUCUGCCAAGUCCAACUACAACUUCGAAAAGCCUUUCUUGUGGCUAGCUAGAAAAUUGGCUGGUAACCCUCAAUUGGAGUUUGUUGCCUCCCCAGCCUUGGCUCCUCCAGAAGUCCAAGUUGACGAAGCAUUGAUGCAACAGUACCAACAGGAAAUGGAACAAGCUACUGCCUUGCCAUUGCCUGACGAAGAUGAUGCCGACUUGUAA